AUGCCACUAGAUCUGGUGGUGGAGAUAGCCAAACGUAUAUCACUUGUGGAAGAUUUCAUGGCACUCAGAGGUGUGUGUAUUUCUUGGAGAGCGGCCGCCACCUUAGAUAAGUUCACUUUUCGGCUUAGAGCUCCAUUGCUUAUGCUGGCUUAUAAACACGAGGGAGACCAUGAUCACACGGAACACGAAUUUUACAGCCUAGCGAAAAGAAAGAUUUGUAUGAGAUUAUCCAUGCCAGAAAUAAAGUACAAACAAUGCACGGAUGUUGGAUUUGGAUGGUUUCUAGGGUUUUGGAGGCCUGGAAAUGUAGCCUGGAGGCGGAUAGAUAUGCAUAAUGUAUUGUACUGGUGUGUAUUCGAACAUGUGAAGUACUACAAAGGGAAGUUUUACGCACUCAAUAAUUGGGGAGAUUUACGGAUUUGUGAUGAUAGUUCCUCUGGGUCAACAGCUCCAGUUCUCUUCGACAUUAACUUGUUACCCUAUAGGAAGUUAUAUUUGGUGGAAUCCUCAUUUGGGGAGUUGCUACUGAUUUUGCGAGUAGAUAAUGAUGGGCGCCCUAACCGUUACCAUUAUAGUAGGACUUUCAAAGUCUAUGGUAUGAGGCUAUGA